UCGUAUCAGUACAGCAGCUAGAUCCUUUCCCUAUAGUCCUCAAGUUAUUUUUUAGAUUGAUUGACUAUUUACUUGUCUGAUUAAGUAUUUACGUUCUUUGAAAAAUUGCUCUUAUUUGAAAUUUACUUUUAAAAUCACCCUCUUACCAUAAUUACUAGCGCGCACAUGAAAGACGAGGGCAAGUCUUUUCUGGAGUUUCGGCUGUCUUGACUGCACUGCGGCAACAUGAAGACGACCUCCGUACUCUUCAACAUCUUUCUAUUUAUUAACGGUAUUGGGACAAAUGAGACCGUGUCAGUGUCACUAUAUGAGGGCGAUUCUGUGACUCUACACACUAAUACUACAAUACAGAAAGAUCAUCUGAUAGAGUGGAGAUUUGGAGAUAACGCUACUCUUAUAGCUAGAAUCAAUGGGGCAGCCGAUUCCCUCAGAAUAUAUCCUGAUGUUCUUAAUGGGAGAUUCAGAGACAGACUGCAGAUGAAUAAUCAGACUGGAGAUCUCACCAUCACAAACAUCACAACUCAACACAAUGGAAAUUAUACACGAUACAUCAAGAGAGGUGAUGUGACUAAAACAAUGAAUUUCAGUGUCUAUACAGAAGUGAUGGUGGGAGAUUCUGUCAUUCCAGUCAGUAUUAUUACCAUGAAACUAAAAGAUGAGAAGAUUGUGUGGAGGAUUCGAUGCAACAACUCUACUGUAGCUGAAAUAAUCAGAAAUGGAAAGAUACAUUUUGAUGUCUUUGAUGGGAGAUUCAGAGACAGACUGCAGAUGAAUAAUCAGACUGGAGAUCUCAACAUCACAAACAUCACAAAUCAACACACUGGAGUAUAUGAAGUAGAGAUCACUGUUGGCAGCAACGUAUAUACUAUACACAGGUCCUUCACUGUCCCUGCCAAAGAAGAAGGGGAGCCUGCUGGUUUGUCUCCAGGUGCUAUAUCAGGAAUCUGUGGUGGUGUUUGUAUUCUGCUGCUGCUGCUUGCUGUUGCUGUUGUCCUAUACAAACAUUUUUCUAGGAAAGGAAAUAAGAAACCAGACAGUGCAGACACCACAAGUCAAGAUGUAGAGACAGGAGUAUAGUUGUCAGAGAUUACUUUGAAGAAUGAAGAUCCCAGCACUAGUGAUGUUUCUUAAGUGGAAACCUUUCCACCUGUGUGAAUUUACAUUUAGAUUUAGCAGAGGCUUUUAUACAAAGCAAUUUACAGAGGUAAGGAAAUGAAACAAAUUCCAAGUUAUCGUUUUUUUGCUAUUCCAAAACAAUAUCUUAUGAGACGGUCGGUUAGAGUGACUUAUUUAUUUAUUUAAGGCUGAUUAGUAGGGUUGGGUAUCGUAAGAAAUUUUCAGAUUCCGGUUCCAGUUUUGCUAAUGAUUCCCGGUUCCGAUUCCAGUUCCAUAUAACAAAAAUAAUGCACAAUACUUAAACAAUUAUUAUGUAAUCACUGUCUACUGGUCGUUUGCACUUACAUGAACUUGAAGACAUCUCGAGACUGUACUUCAUAUUUUUCAUAGUUUGUUAUGUGCACCGUGGGUCGCACUUUAUCAUCAACAGCCCUAGAAUCCACACUUUUAACUUUCUUUUGGACAUGUUUAACACUUAAGUAUACAAAGCUUACCUCAGCAGCGCGAGUGUUUUCUGUUGUAAAUUGCGUUAAUUUGGUUGCGUGACUGUAAAAGUGGCUCAACAAAAUUAAUAUUUAUGAGGUAAGACAUGGCUAUUUAAAGUGACCGCUCUCAGCACUUUGACCGUGCAUCGCAUCGGAACUGAUUUUAGAACUAAAACUUGAGAAUUUUGCGCAAUUUUGGUUCCUUUGAAAAAAACUGAACCGCUCUGAAUAAGAACCAGUUCUUGGUUCCCAACCCUACUGAUGAGUAACUUAAGCAGAGGAAAAGAUUGUGACUAUAGAAAGAUUCUAAUAGAGUUGAAGAUUAACAUAAAUAAAUAAAACAAGGGUCAAUCGUAGAUUUAUAGACAAGCAAUUUAACAUGACCUUAGUUUUUAAUUGUGAAUGAGCUAAUAGACUGCACAAAUGUUACCUCAUACGGACUGAAGUGUAUUAAAUGUAAUUUUUUUAAGAAUUUGUUUGUAUUAAGAUAUUGCGACAUAAAACCAGUCCAGGUGAUAUGAUUCGUCAUACAGAGUUUACAGCUUACUGUCUAUAUAUCAUGCAAAAAUGCCAAUGGUGCCAUCAUGUUCUCACCCUCAUGUUGUUUCAAACCUAUAAGAUCAAAUCCAUGUUUUCUAAAGCAGUGAUACCCGAAAUUUUUAACCUUGAGUAACCACACAGCCCAAUCAGUAAGACUCAAGUACCCCUUCAAUGACACUAAACCAAGGUUAUGCACUAAAGACAAAUAAUUAAUUAAUUAAUUUAAUUAAUUUAAUUUUUAAUUAAUGAAUUAACUUUAUUUUUAUGGCUUCACCUGAAAUAGAAACAAGAAAAGCCAAGACAAACAAAGCAUGGCGGGUUUAAAUAUAGUUUAGAAUGGAGUAUUUGAAGCUACGGUACAUAAAGUCAUUUUCAUUAAAUAAAGUAAUAAAUAAUACUCCAUUUCAAGCUAUAUUAUAAACAUAGUUCAGGAUAUAGAAUGGAGGAUUUAAACAGACUUGCCACCAGCUUGAAUGACUAGACCUACUGUGACACCACUGCCUUCAAGAAACCUUGAAAAUUCCAAGUUUUAUGCAUAGCUGGUUUAUUGAUUGGCAUGUAAAUGCAAGAAAACUUGUUACAAAAGUUAACCACUUAUUUCGUGCUCGUAAAGAUACUCAAUGAGUUGUUUCAAGAGAAGCAAGUAGAAUCGCUUUGUAUGAUUUUAGAAACGCUUCAACUCUAAGUCUUUUCUCGCACCCCCUAGAAACUCUUUUGGUACCCCUGUUGGGAAAUCAGUGUUCUAAAGCAGCAGAAGGAAGCACAGUGUAGCAUUUUCAUGAACACUAUAUUUUUUUAGCCUUACACAGUGUCUUUUUUGGAAUAAAAUAUCUUGAUGCCUAUUGUAUCACAAGCCUACAAAGAUACGAAUCGUAUCGUGAUAUGGUUAUUUUUUAAACACAUUCCGAUGUAACGUGUGUCCCUUAAAGGUGGAGUCCACGAUGUUUGAAAAACGGUUUGGAAAAGGAGACGGGCCGACUACCAAAACACACUUAUAGCCAAUCAAAUCAAAUCAAAUGCCGGGCUGCGUAUGUGUGGGGCGGGUCUAUCAACAGAAGGUCCAGAUUCUAUUGGGGUAGGGGCGUGUUUGUUUAGGUGAUUUCAAAUAUCAACAUUGGCUUUCAAUCAUCAUGGACUCCGCCUUUAAAGGAUAGUUGUUUUUAAUGCAUGUAUUUUUAUUGAAAAUGUAAUUUUUACUUUUUUAUUUAUCUGUUUUUUAACUUUGUCAUUUGUUUAAAAUGGUACAGUUAAAAUUUUGAACAAAUUGUUGAAGUAUUGUAUACUUCUCUAAGGCUUCGUUUUGAGGAGUCACUUAUGCAUGUUAAAAAAAAACUCUGCUAAAAGUUGUGGUUUGUUUUUUCCUUGAGCCUUUAUAGAAACAUUUUUCAAUAAUUAUUCACUAAUGAUAUUUGAAAAAAUGCAGAGUUUAUUGUAGAUGCUGUUUCAAAAGAUACUUUGGCUUGUUUCGUUAUUUGAUCAUAAUUAUUUAAACACCUUUUAUAGUCUUUGUUUAUUAUUUUUCAAAUAUUAAUAUUUUAAUUAUUUAUUUUUAUUAUAUAUUAUUUUUUUUUACUGUUGUUCAUAUUUGUCCCCAAUGAAGUGCAUUAAAAUUUUAAAUUUAAACAAAAACAUUUAUAAAACAUGCUGCUUUUGUGCCAAUGUAAAAGAAAUAAAAAAGAAACGAACAAAGAUAUGAAAUAAUUGAUAUUACUGAAAAAUCUUAAACUGAGAUAGAUUUACUUGGUAAGCAAGUGGUUUAAGAUGUUAAAGAGCACCUACGGUCCGAUUCACGAUUUUACAUUUCCUUUGGUGUGUAAGUGUGUAUUAGUACAUGUUAAUGAUAUGCAAAAGGUACAAACGGCAAAGUAAAUGAUGACGUGAGUUAUCGUCUCCAACGUAAAUCUCUUUUCUUGGACUACAACAAACACAUGGAUUGUAGGCAACAGAUUACUCCUGGGAUUGGUGAUGUAGUAAACACCAACAUUAUCAAAAUUCCUCCAGCUUCAGACUCACAGCCUGUAAGUUAACUCCUGUAAGCAACCAAAUCUUUCAAACAUGGUACGGAGCAUUCCAUUUCCUGCUGGCGUCAGAGGUUUUCAGGCCAAUCACAACGUACAGAUUAGCUGGCCAAUCAGGGACACAGAGCUUUUCAAAUCCGUGAGUUUCAGGAGGAGAGUGAUAUUGUACGGUAUGUGGAAAAUAAUGUUUUUUUUUUAACCAUAACCCAUGCGUACACAUUGCAUUAUACCAGAUACACUAAAUAACAUUGUUUUUAUCAAUGAAAUAGGUGCUCUUUAAGUCUUGUUUAUUGAAAUAAAUGAGGAAAAUCAAUGCAAUAGCCACUCUUUCACUAUCGGGUUAACCCUCUUCUUGCAAUUUUUUUUUUUUUUUGAACAAAGGUCAUACAAACAUUUUGUUUUCUCUUUACGGAAGUGAGUUUUAGUGCAUUUGUUUUUCUACUAUGGAAGUCAAUGGUGCUCCUGUUUUCUAAAUGAGGACAAAUAUCUUCCUUUGUGUUACACUGUUAGGUUACAUAACACACACAGUUAAUGCAAUGUAUUUUAUUUUUUCUAUUAGAGCUAUUUAACAUGCUUUAAUCCUUUAAGUAUGCGUGUCACAAAAAAGUUUUAUAACUUACACACGCAGUUCACACCUCUCACAGAAAGACACAUAUACCAAUAAACCACACACAGCCACCAAUAGUUAAACACAAUCACGGAUCAUAUCUACCAACACAACAAAACCACAUUUAUUUCCACAUCAGGUUUAACAACAGCCCAAAUAUAAAGUUGUUAAUGUGUCAAAUGCAUGACAGAUCUUGAAGCAACAGACAUUUCACAUGUAAUAGAAGCGCAAUAUACAAACUAAAAAAUUAUUGGAAAAAUGAUGACUUUAUAUAUGAAACUUUAUUAACCUAAAUAUUUCAAUCACAAAUUACCUAUUUGGAAUAAAUUUGCUAAUGCUAAAAAUACGCACAAAACACACUGUAUACAUUGUUGCUGGAUUGUGCAUUUAAAUUAAUAUUUUGUGCAAUGACAUGCUGUGCAUCGCAGCUGUUUAUACUAUUUAAUCAAAAUUAUAAUAAACACAAUAAUUAAUAUGCACAUAAUGAAGAAUGAAGAGUCCUGUGUAUCUCAUUUGUUGGUAUUAUAUUAAUACAAUAUAUUAUUACCAGUGAUUAUAAAAAUAUUUUAUUAAAUGGUUUAUUAAUAAUGUGAAUACAGUUUUAUAAUUUUAAAUGUACAUAGAAAGUUUGGAUGUAAAGAGUAGAAAAAAGUAGAAACACAGAUUAGAAAGGAACUUUUGGGUUUAUUUUUUCAAUGUUUUCAAACAACCCUUUAACAAUUUAAAAUAAUUUCUGUUUUUUCCUUCAGAUUUUCUUUGUUUAAAUGUAAAUAAAAUACAGAAAUUCACAUAUCUGUUAUGCAAACAGUGUGUACUGCAUAUAAUAUUUGCUGUUUCGCAACUUUACUGAGUUCAUUAAAUGUAGCCUAUAUGUAUUUUACUGACUGAUGUGCAUCUUUCUGAUAUUAGUAGACAAAGUUAUUCUUCAUGCUAUGGUUAAAUAUUUGUAUAGGAUCAGGAAUAUAUUUUUGCAGUAAAUGAUUGGAUUUAAUGUCCCUCUCUGUAAUAUAAUUUUUUUUUAUAUUGUCA